AAAUGGAGGAGCAAUUUAAAGGCUCCGACAAAGUGUAUGCUCAUGAGCUUUUUGCUAAACUUCUUCAGAAAUACACUAUUGACGGAAAUGUUAGGCAGCACAUAUUGAGGGUGGUAAAUGCUUUCACCAAGCUUAAGGCUUUGGAGUGUUCUUUAAGUGAAGCCCUUCUUGUCAUAAUUAUUUUUGAGUCUCUUCCUGAAGAGUUUGAACAAUUUAAGGUCAACUAUAACUCUCUAAAGGAAAAAUGGCCACUCUCUGAGAUGACCGCAAGGAUCGUCCAGGAGGAAGAAAGGAUCAUGAGGCAGAAGAAAGACCAUGUCUUUCAUGUUGGCUCUAACAAGAGAAAGCAUGACGGACAAGGUUUCCCUAAGCCUCAGAAAAGGCAAGUCAAGAAAGAAGGCACUAAGCCAUUCAACCCUAAGGCAUUCAAGGGUAAAGAAGCCGGUGGUUCUUCUUCUGCUCCUAGCAGCUCCACUGCUGGAGAAAAUGCUUGUAACUUCUGCAAAGAAGAGGGACACUAUCAAAGGGACUGCCCAGGCUUUCUAAAAUGGAUGAACAAAAGAGGGAUUCGAUACGAUCCAAACCAUAAGAGGAGGAACAAGAAAACUUAAGGUUGCGAACGGAGUUGAGGCCGAUGUUGAAGCUGUGGGAUCUCUCACGUUGGAGCUACACACUGGCCACACUCUUAGAUUGAAUAAUGUUAUUUAUGUGCCUACCUUAAGUAGGAAUUUGAUUUCAGUUUCUCGUUUAGAUGAUGAUAUGUAUGAGUGCCAUUUUGGCAAGAAACAAUUUGCUUUGAUCAAAUGUAAUAAGAAUGUAGGCAUCGGUGUUAGACGAGGCCAA